UAUUCAAAUCUUUACUUUGACAUAUCAAAAUUUUAAUUUUUCUCCUAAUUGUUGGUCAACACUCAACACACACCCGAUCUCGUUUGAUAAAUUGCCGAGUCACCACUUUUGGUAAGUUAGAGGACUAUUAGUUCACCACCUCAAAGAAUGGGGACUACUUUGAGUGAAAGCCCAAAUUUAGGAGAUGUUUUGCUUUUUUCUCGCUUUGAUUGUACUGAUUAAUGAUCCUCUCUUCAUUUUGACGUUACAAGCUCACAGAAAGUUCUAGUUCUAGGUAAUUUCGUUGCUUGUUCGCUCUUCUCAUCUCUGAAAUACAACUGUUUCCAUGAAAUUUUUCACACAAGCCGGAUGAAGAAUUCUUUUGGAUCAAUUAUCCCAAGAAUGAAGAAUCCUUUUGGAGCAAUUAUUUUCAAGAAUGUUUCAGAGAUUUCUUUGGUUUCUCCUUUCAACUUUUCUCUUUCAGUAAUUUUGAGGAGUACAUAGUUUAAAAAAAAAUCAGUUCUUUUAGUGUUCUAUCCCUUUUGGCUCUUCCAAGGUGGUCUACUUUAGUCUGUUGUUGGACAGUGAUCUAUAUGAACUACAAACAACAAGGAUAUUAAACAAAGGAAGAAACCAGUGGUGAAGUUUUGAUAACCACACAUUGAGAUUGUCCCAAAAGAGCAGUCCGGUGCACUAAAGCUAUUGCUGUGUGCAGAUUUUUGGGAAGGGCCCAACCACAAGAAACCAUCCCCUUUGAAAUGAUCUAACAUGAAAAGGGCCUAUCCAAUAGAGGUCCAUAAAAAAGUAUGCCCUGGAGUUGACCCAUGAACUUGUUACUGUCUCUCCUGCAGAGAAAAGCCAGCAAAAGUGACCAACCCAAUGGUGGAAUCGUCCACCGUCAACGGCGGAAGUACAGUGCAGGAAUGCCAAGACAUGAUCCGAAGAAGUCUUAGAACUCCUAUAGUGAAGUUCUUAAAAGAACAUUUGGAGAAAUCUGGUUGCCGAAUUGGUGAUAACUUCAUAAAAGCUAUCCAUUGUGACAAGAAGGUCAGCGGUGGCUAUGUUCGCGGACAUGGGACCUGUCGGACUAUCAAGGCCAGAAUUCCUAGGAAUUUACAGAUAAUUGUUUGCAGUAAUUACAUGAACAUUCAAGAUGAGGUGAAUCAAGUUGUCAUACAUGAGUUAAUUCAUGCAUAUGACGAUUGUCGUGCUGCAAAUUUGGACUGGGCUAACUGUGCUCAUCAUGCUUGUAGUGAAAUUAGAGCUGGCCAUCUUAGCGGUGAUUGCCAUUACAAACGGGAAUUACUGAGAGGUUACCUUAAGAUACGCGGCCAUGAACAAGAAUGUGUAAGGCGAAGAGUGAUGAAAUCAAUGGCGGGUAAUCCAUAUUGUUCGGAGUCAGCCAGUAAGGAUGCCAUGGAAGCUGUUUGGGAUGUUUGUUACAAUGAUACUAAGCCCUUUGACAGAGCCCCUUAAAACAUAAUGAUAACCAGUAGCUUCUCAGAGGUAGCUAACUGGAGAUUGAAAAAAUUGCAGUGUUAUUUCAUUUUCGGUUGAUACCAUAAACAAAGGUGCAUUUUUUCAGACAUCAUAGCAUUUUCGAGGCAUAUUGACUUCUCUGUGGUGUAACGAGCAUAGAGUUUGUAAAAUUUACAGGGAUUUUUUUCCCAUUCGAGGAAAUUUUCAUAAUAAGUGAUUCUUUUUUGCAGUAUCAAUAUUCUUGUGUCAAUCAACUGUCAACAUGUAUUAAAUCUGAGAUAUUUUUUCAAUUAAAAAGUUGAGUACUA